AUGUAUCCCUGGUGGCACUGCUGUGUGGUGGGUCUGCUCAGCCUGACCCUUACCGCACCAUCCUCCCGGGCUCAGGUCAGUGUCUCACUAAUCGACACACAAAUCCAGGUCCAGGAGGGACAGCAGUUCAAUGUCCGUGUCCGGAAAACAGGCAUCGUUACCGAGGAGAUCGUUGUCGUCGUUGCUAUUAGCGGGCAGGACACAAGUGACUUCAUCGGUAACAGCCAGGUGGGGAGGUUCCAGGUGGGGGGUGAUGACGUCACAACAGCGCUGUUCACUGUGAGAGAUGACAACAUUCCGGAGCUCAAGGAGAGCUACACGUUUGUCUUACAGGUGGUCGGGGGAAAGGCCACUGUGGCAGAACCCUCCACAGCGAAUGUCACCAUUCUAACCAGCGAUGAUGCCUAUGGCAGAUUCAGCUUCCAAGAGAGUACGGUGCUUCAGACACAAGAAGACUCAACUGCCCAGUCUGUGGGGUUGGUGAUUACUCGCUCUCAGGGGCUGUUUGGGAAUGUCACUCUGCAAUAUGUGGUAGAAGAGGGACAGAGUCAGCAGUGCCUGGUGGAGAUAUCACACUUGUGCAGUGUUAUGAUUGAUGUAUAUAGAGAUUACACCUGUUUACAGGUAGAAGAGGGACAGAGUCAGCAGUGCCUGGUGGAGAUAUCACACUUGUGCAGUGUUAUGAUUGAUGUAGAGGGAGGGACAGAUUCAGCAGUACCUGGUGAAGAUAUCACACCUGUAUCAGGAGAUAUACCGUUCCUGGCAGGAGAGUCGGAGAAGCUGCUCACCUUCCAGAUUCAACCAGAUCAGAUACCUGAGGACCUGGAAGUGUUUACUGUCAGUCUCACCUCAACCCACGCAGAGGCCACUUUCUCCACCAGUCAGAGACAAAUAGCUGUUUUGCCUAAUGACGCCCCAAUACGCUUCUCUCAGUCAACAGUCCUGGUAGAGGAAGGACCGGGAGCAAGGACCAUAACUCUGGUAGUGAAUCGUGGAAUCCAAGCAGAUGGCAUAUCUCUGAUUGGUCCAACUGACUCCCCGGCAACCGUGUCUUAUCAACUGAUCUCAGGAACUGCAAACUAUAGUGAAGAUUUUACUGGCCAAAACAGCGGUAGCAUUGGAUUUCCUGUCAACUCUACAGAACAAACAGUCCUUGUAGAGAUACUGGAUGAUGAUGUUCCCGAAAUGGAGGAGACCUUUUAUGUCGUGUUGGCUGAUCCAAAUGGCAAUGUUGUAUUGGCUAAUCCUUUCAAUCUCACUGUGGCGAUAGGCCGAAGUGAUGAUCCUAAUGGGGUUCUCCAUCUAGGAGUCAGGGGGGCCCCACAGGUGCCGGUCAGUUUUGUGAACGAGGACCAGCAGCCGCAGUUAAAUGUGACUGUUUUCCGCAGCGAUGGUACGUUUGGUGACGUGUCCAUCCAGUGGGAAAUCACAAGGGUUGGUUCUGACCUUGACCCUGUGACCUCUGACCUAGGCCCCUCCCAGGGUAUGUUUGCUCUGCUCUCUGGGGAGAUGUCUGCCAUGGCUGUGCUCUCCAUCGUCCAGGAUUUUGAUCCAGAGCCCACAGAGAAAUUUACAUUUCGCCUCCUACCUGAGUCAGUUACAGGUGGGGCAAGGCUAGAGGUCCCAGAGUCAAUGGAGAUUGUGAUCAUGGACAGCGACUCUGCCUACGGGUUGGUGACCAUGGGCCAAGACAGUCAGCAGAGGCUGAUCACAACGACUGUCCCUCGCCUACUUGAGCUGACAAUUGAGCGGUCAGGAGGCACUCUAGAAGAUGUCAAUGUGAGCCUCUCAGUGCAGUAUAACCAGAGUUUUGAAAUAUUAGAUGUUUUGGGUGUGACAAACCCAGUCACUGUCAGUCUCCUCGCAGGUGAGAGCCAGACCUCCAUCAACUUCACCAUAAACCCUGCUGCAUUUCUGGUGGUUGGGGCUAACUUCACAGUGCAAAUUGCCCAGGCUCGCCUAAACACAGAGCCCCCUUUGGGAGCUUACAACAGUCCUGUGAUUGGCUCACGAUCAGUGGCUUCUGUCCUUGUAACGGCAGAAGCAGCCAAUGGGGAGAUAGGAUUCAUGAACACACAACCAAUCACAGUACAGGAGCCAGGGAACGGUACAAAUCAGGUUCUGCUGAGAAUAAGCCGAGAAGGCACCAAUGGCAGGGCUGUCAUUAACUGGGAAUUGGUGGGUAUCAGCAGUGCUAACAGCUCUUUGGUGACAGCAUCAGACAUCCUGCAAACCAAUGGUUCUGUUGUCAUGGACUCAGGAAUGUCUCUGUCAGAGAUUAUGAUCACUGUGUUACCUGAUGAUGAACCAGAAACUGAUGAAGUUCUCAGUGUCACCUUAACGAAUGUCGAACCUCCAGAAACUCAGCGCCUCCGCCCAGGGGCAUCCACUGUACAGAUCAUUAUCCUGGAGAAUGACAACCCUGGGGGAACGUUCCAGUUCUCUCCCCUGAUGCUUGACACAUACACAGCUGAGGAGGAAGGUUCCCCAGUGGACAUUGUUGUGGAGAGGACAGGUGGAGCUCUUCUGUCUAGGAGUGUAGAAUACUUCAUCACACCUGAUGGAGAAACAGAGUUUUACGGCUCGGCCAAUGUGCUUGUGUUUGAACCAGGCGUGCUGCUGAUGAACGCAUCUGUUGUAGCUCGUGGAGAUGGAAUACCUGAGCUAACCGAGAUAUUUUCUAUUGGGUUGAGAAGUUAUGGCUCAGCCACAGCCACCCUGGGUCCCCGAGUCACCAUCGGGGUAACUGUUCCUCCUAAUGAUGACCCAUAUGGUGUAAUACACUUUGCAGAUAACCCUGCCAUUGUGUUUAUGAAUGAGAGUAAAGUGUCAGACAUCCAGACAGUGAGUAUCGAAGUGCGUCGCUCCGGCGGGACAUUCAGGAGUGUGGUCAUUGACUGGGCCCUAGAGGGCGACUCCAUCAUCAACCCAGACUUCACUUCUAAGUCAGGCUCCAUCACAUUUGGGCCCUCACAAACCCUGGGCUAUGUGGUCCUUCGCUCACAGCCUGAUGAUAUCCCGGAGCCCACCGAGUCAUUUAUAGUGAGGUUAUCAGUGCCCUCUGAUGGUGAGAAUCUGCCGCGGCUUGGGGAACCGCAGACCGCCAUAGUUAACAUCAAUGAGAAUGAUCACCCAGUCUACUUCCAAGGCUCUACGCGGGUGACGUCACAAGAGCCCAGUGUGGUGCAGCUAACAGUCGUCCGUGACGGAGACCCCCACUUCCGGGCUCAGGUGAAAUACCGCACCCUGGAUGGAACAGCCACCCGGCAUGACAGAGACUUCCUCGCUGUAUUCAUCGGAACACUGAUCUUUGAAAUUGGAGAAUCAGAGAAAACAAUCAGCAUCAGCAUUCUGGAUGACGUCACACCAGAAAAUGACGAGGAGUUUACUGUGGAGCUAUUCGACCCGCAAGGAGAUAUUGUAGUGAGCUCGCUGGGGAACAUGACCGUCGUGAUAGCGGCCAAUGACGACGCCAGUGGUGUGUUUGAAUUCACCGCUCCACUCUAUCAACAGGUGGCAGAAGGGGACACUGUCAGCUUUGAUGUUGUUCGUGAGAGAGGUGAUUUCGGGGCAGUUCGGGUGUUUUGGGAGCUGACCAGGAAUACAACUGAGUCAGCUAUUGGUCAGGAAGAUGAUUUUGUCCAGUUGACAGGCUCCGUGACCUUUGACACAUCUGAAACUCGUGCCACUAUCAACCUUGUUCCCAUAGCAGAUAACAUACCUGAGAUGAGUGAAUUCUUCAUCCUGACCCUUAUUAAUGUCUCAGGUGGAAUAGGUGAUGUAUUUGGUCGCCUUGGCAACCCUGACUUUUUGGGGGCCUCCGUUGAGAUACUGCCCAGUGACGACCCUAAUGGACUGUUCCGUUUCCGCGGUGACCUCCUGGAGGUGAGAGUAGCAGAAGAUUACCUGGCUGGGGAGGAGGAGUCCAGCAGAGGGCAGAUGGUAGUGGAGAGGCUGCAGGGGACGUAUGGGCAGGUGUCUAUCCUGUGGGAGGUUGCCUCCCCUGCCAGUGAAAUCUUCGCUCAUGGGACCUCCUGUUUCUGGGGACAAAGGUACAAUGUGCAGCCUACACCAGAUAAACAACGCUCUGGUUCGGGAACUAUACCGUAUUUCUUAAACGGAAGUCAGAAUUCACUGGUAUCCAUCCCUGUGGAUCGCCAACCUUUGCCCUCUGACCUCCAGGCUGGGUUCACCAUCAGCGUCUGGCUCAUCCCUUUCUCAGACACGGACUCCUUCAUCCUGUCCAAGACCUCCCCAGAUGGACUCACCUUCUACUAUAGCCUCAAACUGAGGACAAACGUACUCUCUACCUCUCUGGAGUUCCAGUACUCUGCUGUAGGACAGAUAAAUCAGGUGACUGUGGCAUUGACAACAACAAACAUCCAGAAUGGUAACUGGCACAAUGUUGUUGUUGCUGUUGGGUCAGGUGCAGCUAGUUUUUACCUGGACGGGAAUUUGAUUGUUAACAGGACACUGGUGCCCGCCGCACUACUGGACAAGGAGGGUGGCCAGCUGUUAGUGGGCUCCCCCAUUGCUAGUAACACCAAGUUUAUUGGACACAUCCAGGACUUUCAGAUUAUUGGCAAGCCACUGUCAUCCAGUGAGGUGUUAGAGCGCUAUCAGCAAGCCAUGGAGACUGACUUAUCUCCCUUGUCAGGAACAGUCCAGUUUGGAGAGGGAGUACGUGAGGCAGACCUGGUGAUCUCAUCAGUACAGGAUAACCUGUCCGAGCCAGAGGAAUCCUUCAUGAUCCGAUUGGUCAGUGUCCGUGGGGGCGGAAGGAUUGAUGUGAACAACUCCGUGGCAACCGUCACAGUUUUGAAGAGUGACAAUGCCAAUGGACUGUUUGGAUUUGAUGGAGACUGUGAGGGUGUGGGUGCCACUCCUGAGGAUCAGGUCUUCUCCUGUCUGGUAGAACGUCUCCUUGGUGACAGCGGUCAGGUGACAGUCACAUGGUCUGUUGUUGUGGAGGGUCAGCCUAUCAGUAACACUCUGACAGGAGACUUUACAAACACGACUGGUAACAUAAGUUUUGUACCAGGACAGAAAACACAGCUUCUGAACCUGACAGUGUUGGAUGACCUUGAGCCAGAGAUGGCAGAGAACUACGAGGUUGUGCUGACCGAGGCAUUACCUGGGGAUGGUCAGCACAGUUCCACCCCGACCAGCGGGGCCAGUAUCAACCCAAACAGCAGCCGUGCCCUGGUGGUCAUCCAGGAGAAUGAUCACCCCUAUGGCCUGCUACAGUUCUCAUCCUCCCCCACCCCGCCAUCCCCGACUGACCCCAUCAUUAGGCCUGCUACAAGCCCCCCAGAGGUUCACACCUCAGAGGAAGCCGGGAGUGUGGAGCUGAUUGUGGUCAGGGCCCAGGGGUCAGUGGGCAGGGUGUCUGUCGAGUGGAGGGCAGAAGAUGGAACAGCCGUCAGCUCAGGGAGCUCUCCAGACUAUGAGGUGGCAGGUGGACGUUUAGACUUCAACCCUGGACAAAGGUACGGCAUCAUCAACAUCAAGAUUAAUGACAACAACGUCCCGGAGGAUGACAAGACCUUCUAUGUCCAACUGAUGAACCCUACAGGUGGGGCUGCUGUGGGAAUCGGAGCCCGUGUUACUGUGGUGAUAGACUAUUCUGAUGGAGCCUAUGGGUUGUUUCAGUUUGCUGAUGAAUCUCGGAAUGUCUCCACGCCAGAAGUUGGAGAUAUCGGCUUUAGCACAGUGACCUUCCAGGUUGUGAGGCUGGGGGGUGCCAUCGGCCUGACCAGUGUCAGGUGGGAGGUCCUUGCGGACACAGCUAAUGACAUUAUGGCUAAACAGGGCUCGCUGAACUUCCUGGACAGUCAGGUAGCCAAUCAGUUUGAGAUACAGGUGCGGGCCGAUGCUGAGCCUGAGCUGGACCAUGUGGUGACCAUCAGGCUGGUCAACGUCACAAAGGGUCAGCUUGGUGACACAGACAAACUAACAGCCACCCUACGUAUCGAGGCCAAUGACAACCCUUAUGGUGUCUUUGCCAUUCCCAGCUCAGACAGACCACUCCAAACUACAGAAGGCUUCCACAAUGUGACUGUCUCCGUAAAUCGCCUCUUCGGCACCCGUGGAAUUGUGGAUGUGAACUAUCAGACUCUAGCGCCAUCAGAGACAUAUGCAUUUAUCUCCCCUGGCGUGGCUCGUGCGAACUUUUCUGACUUCACUCCUGUCAGUGGGACAGUACGCUUCUCAUCAGGCCAGGACUCUGCCUCAUUCAACAUAACCCUGCUGGAUGAUGAUCAACCUGAGGAGGCGGAGUCUGUAUAUGUGAGAUUAACAGCUGUCACGCUGGUCCAAGGAGAACAGCCCCGCCCAGUCCCAUCCUCCCCUGGCUUGGAUAUUGGCACCAUGACCUUUGCCCAGAUACUGAUCCAAAGCAAUGACAAUGCCUAUGGUAUCCUGGAGUUGUCUCCCCUGAGGGUGACCGUGUACGAGAACCAUACAGGGCCAGUGGUGAAUGUCAUCCGCAGGGGAGGGCUGUUUGGGGAGAUCAUUGUGAAGUACAGAAUAACUGAUGGCACGACCACAAAAGGGCAAGACUAUACAGGUUUAUCAACUGAUGUCAUCCUGUCAGAAGGGGAGGCAACUAAGCCAUUACUGGUCGAGAUUAAAGACGAUGACAUUCCUGAGCUGGCUGAGUUCUUCACAAUCGAGUUGUUGGCUGGCAUGACAGGGGGCGCUGUUCUGGGGAAUAACACAGUUGCCAGUGUCACAAUAGCACCAUCAGAUGACCCCAGUGGGGCCUUCAGUAAGUAUGACCCCAGUGGGGCCUUCAGUAAGUAUGAUCCCAGUGGGUGUGACUCUCUCCAACUUAUUGAUGCUGUAUGCACAUACAACACUGUAUUCAACUUAACCCUGAAGCCAGUUUAUUUUGAAACAUUCUCAGGCAUGAGUAUCAACGAACCCACUGAGUCUCAAGGGAGGCAACUCAAUGUGACGAUCACACGUUCUGGAGGCACGAUGGGCGUGGUUAAUGUUCGCUGGGAGGCCACCUUAAACAAUGUAGCUGCUUCGUCAGAGAUUUCACCUGUGUCAGGUACAGAGAUAUUUGUGAGUAACGAGGCCCACAUGGACAUAUCCCUGACAGUCUUACCUGAUGACAUACCUGAACAACAAGAGGACAUCAUCAUACGCCUGGUGUCAGCGUCGGAAGGAGCCAGGAUUGGGAGUGAUCACGAGUUCACCCUGAGUAUCCUGCCUAAUGAUGACCCCCACGGUCGGGUAGCCUUCUCUGCACAGAGAUAUACUGUGGACGAAAGAGCAGCUGACAGUAACCAAUUCCUCACACUCACUAGGAGUGGUGGUAAGUUUGGAGACCUGCGGGUGUAUUACCAGACCCAGGGUAUUGACCUGCUGACAGAGGUGUACAGGAAUGGUAGCAGUGUGUUUGAUUUCUACUCAGUGGCCAGACUGGGAGAGAGCAGCAAUAAUCCACUGAGCACUCAGAACAGCACAUUGGAUAGAUGCGCUGAGUCAUGUCUUGAGACCGAGGCUUGUGCUGCUUUCCAGUUUACCUCGGCAACCCAUAACUGUACAACGUUUCUUACCUCAACACCUGAUGCUCUUCAGCAGUCGUCUCAGACCCAGUACUAUGCCAAAGAUGCUGUGAAGGCCAGGUUUUUGUACGACACCAGCGCUUCUCCAGGUGAUGACUACCGUGCUGUCCAAGGAGCCUUUGUGAUCUUUCCUGCUGACAGCUCUGUUGUCUCUUUACCUGUCACCAUUUUGGCUGACAACAGGCCAGAGCUUGACGAGAAGUUCAUGCUGGUACUGACAGGUAUAGAGCUUGUAGGCCGCAAUCCUGUGAAUGUAGAUGACACUCCAAAGUUUGGGUCGCUGACAUCAGCGGAGGUGGUUAUUCUUAAAAAUGAUAAUGCUCAAGGUGUGUUCAGCAUCUUCAGUGCGAACCCAUCUGCCGAGGAUGGUGGUAGCCUCAUUGUUGUUCCAGAACAAGGCCAGCUGUCCGUGGAUCUUGUCCUAGGCAGGGAAGGUGGUAGUAUCGGGGAGGUGACGAUCUCCUGGACAGUGAACGUCAGCGCCAGCACAGCGUCCCCAGGGGUGGACUUCAGAGCAGGUGGGGCACAGCUACGCUUUCUGGAUGGAGAUGAACGGGCCACUAUAACUGUGUCAAUCCUGGAAGAUGAGAUUCCCGAGGAUGAUGAGACUAUCAUUGUACAGUUAGUCCAACCAGGAGGCGGAGCUACCAUCAGUGCAAAUGAUUCUGUUACUGUGGUAAUCCAGGCUAAUGACAAUGUUGCUGGAGUUUUAGGGAUUAGUCCAUUGUCAGUUGUCACAGAAGAAGGCAGAACAGUGGAGUUCAACAUCACCCGCUCAGCCCCUGGACUCGGCCAGGUCACGGUGACCUGGGAGAUACAGGGAAUUGAUGGAUCAGUGCCUAACAACAACCUCAACAUCUUCCGGGAUACUCUGAUCUUCCUACAGGGAGAGCUGCUGAAGACAGUCCAUGUAGAGGUUUUAAGAGAUCAGCUGCCAGAGCUGAAUGAGGAGUAUGAGUUGAAACUGAUAAGUGUCUCUACCGAAGGUGUCAGACCCAGUGGAGGUGCCACUAUCCACCCCCAGCAAGGCACUGCUUCAAUCUCCAUCAGGGGGAGCGACGACCCUCAUGGUGUGAUCAGCUUCUCCACCAACUCCCUCUAUGUUACCGUCCAGGAAGGGGAGACAAAUCUGCAGCUUUUUGUUGACAGAAAGUUUGGUUCAUCAGGCACAGUGCGAGUGGAGUUUGAGGCUUCAGGUGGGUUUAUCCGCCAGGACGGGCCUGGCUUACAGCUGGCUACACCUGUUGAUGACUUCACACCUGAUGGACGGUACAUGUACCUGGAGAACGGGGAGAACUCAGGUGUUGUCAUACUAAGAAUCAUUAAUGACCAGUUACCUGAAAUUGAUGAGGCGUUUCUCGUCAACCUGACCAGUGUGACUUUGGUGGGGGCAGAUACAACGCUCCCUCCAAGGCUUGCUGCUACUGACGUCACUGCCCAGGUGACCAUACUGGCCAAUGAUGGGGCCCAGGGCACAUUUGUGUUCUCCCCUAACACCUCCAGGGUGUCUGUGAAUGAGGGUAACACUACGGUAAGCCUUGUGGUUCUGAGGACAGGGGGCACAUUUGGUAACGUGUCUGUCCGCUACUUCCCCCAGGUUCAGACUAACACGGUUGUCCCUGAUAGCGACUUCAUCCUCUAUGCACAGUACCUGUAUUUUGCUCAUGGAGAGACCAGCCAGGUGAUCAGUGUACAGGUGUUAGAGGAUGACAUACCUGAGCCUGAUGAGGAACUGUUAGUUAUCCUUGACAGUCCCCAAGGGGGCGCUCAGUUAGGGGAGAACACCCAAGCCUCGGUUACAAUCCUAGCUAAUGAUGAUGCCGGUGGUUUCAUAACCUUUGACCUCAGCGACAACAUAACUCUGACAGAACCUAGGGGGGUAAAUCUUGCUGACAGCGUGGCCAGCUUCCGCCUGCUGCGAGGGCCUGGUAUAUACGGUGUGGUGACAGUACCAUUCGUGGUGCAGACAGGGGCAGGGGAGGAGACCACAGACCUGACACCUAUCACAGGAUACGUCACCUUCCAGGAUAGACAGCUGUCUGCCGUGUUAGAAAUCAGUGCUGUUCAGGAUGACUUACCUGAGGUCACUGAGCAGUUCAAGGUCAUUCUACAAGAUCCUAUAGGGGGCGCUCAGUUAGGAGCCAUCAGACAACGGACCAUCCUUAUCCGAGAAAGUGAUGCGCCAUAUGGCUUACUGCAGAUCUAUGCCACGGGAACAAGAACGAGUUUCCUUGACGUGGAAGAGAGCUCUGGUCUGUUACACUUUGACGUGGUCAGAUCACAAGGUCUUCAGGGAAACAUUUCAGUUGAUAUCCUCACGCAGUCGGGGACAGCCUCUGUCUCUGGUAACACCUCCUCCUUCUCUAUGGCAACUGUGCAAAGCUUCACCCCUCUGACAACUCACAGAUGGUACGGAUUUCAUUUCUAUGAUGACACAUUUGCUGUGAUGUUGACUAAGACCACAGGAAAUGUAACAAGCUCUGUGAUUGGUGGAAAUCCAUUGACGCCUGCUAUUGGACGAUCUGUGUUGUACGAAUGGAAAGAGAGUUUCAGUCCUGUACAGGUGUUUGAGACAGAUGGCGCCACCAGUGCGGUCAGCUUUGUAAAAGAUGAUGGGACAUAUCUGGUGGUGACUAAUGGGGGUGAAGAGGGCAGACGUGAAGCAUCCACCAGAGUGUACAGCAUGACAGAUCAGGGAACGCUCAAUCUGGUACAAGAAUUAGCCACAGUGGGAGCUGAGGAUGCCUCAUACUUCACCAGCAAUGGUCAGUCGUUCCUCGUGAUCGCCAGUGGUCAGUCCAGCUCAGGGAUGACUGUCAUUGACUCACUGGUGUAUGCCUGGGACAGUGGACAGAGUCAGUUUGGUGGAGUGCCAUGGCAGCUGUUAGGGGGACGAGGCGCUAAGGCUGUGGAGACAUUCACAAUAGGAUCAGAUGUGUACCUGGCCAUGGCAAACCAUUACGACUCAGUGACACAGAAGUUUGAGAUAGAAUCUGUUAUUUUCAAAUUCUACACAAACAGCAAGUUUGCCAUCUACCAGUACAUCCCAACCCAAGGAGCCACUGAUGUCAAACAUGCCUUGAUUGGUGGAGAACAUUAUUUAGUUAUAGCCAAUGGGAUGUUAGAUGAGCCGAGCAGUGCAAGCCUGUCAUUAGUGGUGUAUAGGUGGGACAAAGGAGGACAAAGUUUCCAGUGGUUCCAGAGCCUAGAAACUCAGAGUGCACAAUCAGUACAAGUGUUCACCGGACCAGACCAGAGAGUAUAUGUCAUCAUCGCUGAUGUAGUUGCCAACUCCACAGUAUUUGUCUGGGAUGUUGCUCAGCUGAAAUUUGUCCUGGUAUGGCAAGCAAGGCCGGCUUCUCAUGUCUCCAUGGUUACUGUCAAUCAGCCGACAGAGCAGGCUGUGUUACUGACCCUGGCUAACCCGGACACUGACCCAGGCUCCACUCUGUACCAAGUCACAAUGGUCAGAGAUAGUGACUUCAUUCCCAGGACAGCCACACUGACCUUUGCCCCUGGAGAAACAUUAAAGCAGACAUCUGUUGUGGUCCUCGAGGAUGACCUUCCUGAGGAUACUGAAACCUUCUACGUCGCACUUAGCAACCCACAGGGAGGAGCAGAAAUUGGGGCAAAUCAGAAAGCUUCCAUCAAUAUAUUAUCCAAUGAUGAUGCUCAUGGAAUCAUUGAGUUUGCAGAGGACUCCUUGGACAGACGAGAAGCUGAAAUUCCCCAGAAGGACAACCCUGUCCAGCUGACAGUAAGGCGUUACCGUGGUAACUACGGUCGUGUUGUAAUCAGAUGGCGUCUCACAGGAGACCAGAGUUCUCAGGACAUCACGCCACAGUCAGGACUGGUAGAAUUUGGGUCAGGUCAGAGUAUAGCCACCAUCAGUCUGAUCAUUAAGGAUGAUCUCCUCCCAGAGCUGCCAGAACUUACCUAUGUUACCAUGGAGACAGUCGUGGAGCCAGGCACAGGGCUGCUGAAUAAAGGAGCAGUUUUAGGGCCUAACCGCAUAGCCCGGCUGACAGUGUUAGCUAGUGACUCUCCUCACGGGGUGGUGUACUGGGAGCUGCCGUCUGUCGAGGUGGCAGAGCCAGAAGGAACAGACUCCACUGUCUUGCUCAACAUCAUCCGUGAACAGGGAACUCUGGGAGAUAUCCAGAUUUCAUACAGGACGAGUCAGGCUGUACAGUAUGAGAGAGAAGAACAGGCAGCUUCAGGUCAAGAUUACGUGGCCACACAGGGCAGGAUCAUCAUCAGGGAUGGGGUGAAUAGGGGCACCAUACCUGUACAGCUGCUCAGGGAUGACUUACCUGAGCUGGAAGAAGUGUUCUUGGUGAACCUGACAGGUGUGGUGUUACUGGCGGGGACAGCAGGCCCUGGGGAGGUGCCCAGCGUGAGGGACCCUGGGAACAGUGUGGCUGUGAUGAUCCAAGAGAACGACAAUGCUAGAGGACUGGUCCUCUUUGAUGUCCUUACGAACACAGAGGGCCGUGUGGAUACGUACGAGGCAUAUGGAAGGAAUCAUACACUGGCGCUCAAGGUGUCUCGUGUCAUUGGCUACUUCGGUUCUGUUCUGGUCCAAUGGCAGGCUUACCAUCGGGAGACAACAGUUGCAGACCUGACCCCCUCCAGUGGCACAGUUAGGUUUGCCCAGGGGCAGAAGGAAGCUUACAUCUACAUCACCAUACUGGAUGAUGAGCUGUUUGAACCAAUGGAGCAAUUUGAUGUGAAGUUAAUUGGCACAAGUGAAGGGGCUAGCUUAGGGGCUAUCAGCAAUGUCAGGGUGGCUAUUCUGAAGAAUGACUCCCCGAGGGGCCUCUUUGGCUUUGUACCCACAGAGGUGUCUGUGGCAGAGGCCUCAUUCCAAGGUGAUCCUAAUGGGCGUGUGGCCCUAACCGUUACCCGCCAGGUGGGGACAGAGGGCGUGGUCCCUGUACAGUGGAGACUUAAUGCUGAGGCUCAGAAUGACUUUGAUCCGCCUCGCUCUGGACUCCUCACUUUCCAGCAUGGAGAGCCUCAGAAAACAAUCACACUGACAACAAAAUCAGAUGGGAUUCUGGAAGGCGAGGAGGAAUUCAUUGUGUCCCUUGUGUCAGCAGAAGAUGCUGACAUCUCCCAUGACAAUGGGGAUGCCACUGUGAUUAUCUCCCCUGAUCCUGGAUCUAGUGGUACAGUCUCCAUUCUGCCUGCAUAUCGUCAGGUUUACAUCGGUGAACCUGGGGAAUCUAGUCCUACGUACAGAGGCCAGACAGACGUUGUUUUGUCACGAGGCGCAGGGAUUUUCAGCGGCAUCACAGUCACAUGGUCUAUAACACCACGUUCUGUUACUGCAUUUGCACAACUGGAAGGAUCAUUGGAGUUUGCCACACUUCAGGAAACGGCUACUAUCACCUUACAGGCAAGAGAUGAUGCUCAGCCAGAGCUGUCUUCCUUGUUCAGCCUACAAUUGACCUCAGCAACAGGAGGUGCUGUCAUCUCCACUGAGCCAGGAGCAGCCGUGUCAGAGAUUGUGUUUGUUUCUAGUGACUACCCUCAUGGGCUCUUCCAAUUUCCUCCCCCUGACAGAAUGCAAGUGUCGGAAGAUGAAGGCGUUGUAACUAUUCCUCUGGUUAGAGAGUAUGGUCACCGAGGGCGAGUAGAAGUGACCUACGUGACCUCUGCUGGAACAGCUCUGGCCAAUCAGGACUUUGUACCCAGUGCAGGAACCUUGACCUUUGAGGAUGGGGAGAGGAGUAAGAGUGUUAGAGUGGAUGUGGUGCAGGAUUCUGUGCCAGAGGGACCAGAGGAUUUCUACCUCAAUAUCACUGGGGUACAGCUUUUGUCUCCGAGUGACAAUAACUACACAGACUUGGGGGGACUGAGUAUUGACAUGAGGCCAGCUGUUGGACCGAUCAACUUCAAGACAGUGGUGAUCAACAAGAAUGAUAAUGCUGAAGGAACGCUCUUAUUUGAUUCAAGUGCAUUACAGACUGUUGUCAGGGAGGAAGAUGGAAUAGCCCGACUGGCCGUUACACGUGUUGGAGGGUCGUACGGUGAGGUGAGAGUAGGUUACCGGGCAGAGAACCUUACGGCUACAGCAGGGGUGGAUUACAGCCUGACACCUAUGGAAGUCAUCUUCCUGGAUGGAGUCACUCUUAACAACAUCAGCAUCACCAUUGUGGACGAUCUAGAGAGAGAGCAAGCAGAAACUUUCAGGGUAACCCUGACCUCCGUCUCCGGAGGGGCCCAGUUGGGGAGUAGCACCACAGCCACGGUUACCAUUGCAAAGUCAGAUUACCCCAAUGGGAGGUUUGACUUCAAAGGCACCAUUGACAUCACCCUGCCUAAUCCUACCUCAGAGGUGACCCAGGAAGUGAUUGUACAGAGGUCAGGAGGGCUGCUGGGACAGCAAACGGUAUCAUGGAGAAUCCUGGGCCCUAACAACCCUGGCCAGGUGUUGUCUGAUACCUCUGACAUUGCCUAUAGGGUGAACAAUGUAGACCUGACCCAGGGGACUCUGGUGUGGAGUGAUGGGGAGGGCGGGGAGAAGAGACUAACAAUGUACAUCAAACCUCACAGUGGCUGGGAGAUACAGAAGCAGUUUGUCAUAGAGAUCUACAGUGUUACCGGAGCACCCUCUGGUGCUGGAGACGGAGAGGCAGAUCCUGACCGCUCCCGACUCACUCUCACUGUGCAGAAGUAUGGAGACCCAAAUGGUAUCAUAUUGUUUGGACAAAUAGCCCAGUCUCCUCGAACUGUUGAUGAGCCCACAGGUUCCACGUUUACCUUACGCUUCCCCAUUUUACGACGAAUGGAUACUGGUGUUGUAGGAAAUAUUAUGGUGUUCUGGGAUGUGAGAGGGCCAGUUACUGAGAACAAUGACAUCUUACCUGUGUCGGGGUCUGUGGCCAUGGAGAACGGGGUCCGCACGGGCGAGAUAAUCCUGCAGAUACUUCCUGACGACAUACCUGAGCUGACAGAGAACUUCCAGCUGAGGCUGCUUCGUGUGGAGGGAGGGGCAGAGGUUAGCCCCGCCCACAACUCCUCCUCCUUCAGUGUCAGGUACAACGACAACCCGCACGGUGUGUUUGGUGUGGUCACAGAGCACCAGACAGUUUUGGUUGACCCACUGACCAAUCAGAGGACACUUCAGCUGAACGUUACAAGGAAUGCUGGGAGUUUUGGCAGUGUGCAGGUGUACUACUCCAUAAGAUAUGACAAGCCACAGUUACAGAGUGGGAUUGGCGUAGACCGCAGCAGUGGUAGUGUGACCUUCCAGGAUGGGGAACGCUGGGCUGUUGCUCAGGUCAAGGUCAUUGGGGAUGGCUUCUUGGAGGCAGGGUCAACCUUCUCUCUCUCCCUUGUGUCAGACCCAGUCUAUCUGGGCUCAGAGGUGACUCAACCUCCGUCUCUACAAGCUGGUCAGACAGAAGCCAAGGUGAUUGUACCAGAGGCUGCCGCUAACACCGAGGUGGGCUUCCUGACAGAUGUUGUCACCGUGGAUGAAGUGACCAGCGUGGUAUCUGUGACUCUGACAAGACGCGGCCUGUAUGGCACUAUCCAGGUCCGGGUUGAAAAGGGGCUUCCCCCAGGACAGCAGAUCACCGGGUUUGACAUAGGGGAGAUAACUCCUGAUACAGAUGUGGUCACUCUGCCACAAGGGCAGGUGUCAAAGACUGUCAGCUUUCAGGUUGUUGGGAGACGGGAUGUACCUGAGGUAUUUGCCCUCUACCUGCCACAGUCCCCCACCACAGCCGCUGUGGGUGGAGCCAGAUUGUGGGCGGGGAAGAUGGUCACUGUAAUAGAGCCCUCUGGUGUUGUGGGAUUUGCACCAGAAUCAAGGGAGAAAACUGGCUCUGAGCUGGCAGGAAAUGUAACGCUGAGAGUGGAGCGCCUCUACGGCUCACAAGAUCGAGUGGAGGUUCACCUAGAUGUUAGAGGUGGGAAUGCUUCAUCCACAACAGACUUUCGUCUCUCUAGAAGUACCGUUGUUAUGGAGCCGAGACAACUGACAACUGAUGUUACCAUCGAGCUACUACAGGACAGUUUCCCGGAGAGAGCUGAAGAUUUUUACCUCGUUCUGACCCGGGUGGAAAAAUUCCCCACUGUGGUCACUAAAGAGUUGUCUCCCCGUAUUAGCGCCCUCUACAAUACCUCCCAUGUGGUGAUAAAGGAGAGCAAUGAUCCCUAUGGGAUGCUGAGCCUUGAUGAGAUUCCCGAUGCUGUGGAAGAGAAGGACCAGGAUAUGACCAUCACUGUCAGGAGAUCAGGUGGUUAUUUUGGACCAGUUAGUGUGGUAGUGCGUACAGUGGGUGGGAAUGAGCGCUGGAGCUCAGAGAUUGCUGUUCAGGCUGGUGGAGAGGGCCCCAACACCAUCGGAGAAGCCUUGGCCAACAGAGUAGCCUCCCCUGCCACAGGGGGUCGAGACUACGAAAUCGUGGACACCAUUGUCUACUUUGCAGAUGGGGAAGCUGUGAAAACUGUGGUGCUGACAAUCCUGGAUGAUAAUGAGGCCGAGCCAGCAGAAGCUGUCUACUUAUACCUGACCCAGCCACAAGGGGGUGCUAGAAUCGCCACAGGCAGUGCUGACGGAGGGUUAAAGGGUUUUGUGGCAGUGACGAUCCAAGCCAAUGACUUUUCUAAUGGUCUAAUCGGAUUCACGGACCCCUCCCUCUAUGUCACUGCGGAUGAGGAUGUCCCCUCUCCUGCUAUCUCUCUUCAGCUGCGCAGACGUAAUGCCUUCUAUGGACAAGUUCAGGUGUUCUGGAGGGUAAAGCGGACCCUAACGAGCACCACAGGUGAAGAUGAAAGCCUCCGUCAGCAGGUGACACAGAUCACAGGAUUUGUUACCUGUCCUGCUCAGAGAGAGUUCUGCUCCCUGGAAAUUCCUCUGGUAGAUGACCAGACCCCGGAGGAGUCUCAGGGGUUGCUGGUCAUCCUGGAGCGGGUGGGGACAGAUGCUGUGCUGGACACCGACCGCUCUGUGGCCAAUGUCACCCUCAGGCCGAGUGAUGACGUCAGGGGGCUCGUACAGUUUGUACCAGACUUUGGACUAAUUCAUGUGGACAAGGACACAAAAUCUGUUAGACUGGAGGUGGCAAGGAUGAAGGGAGAGGCGUACCAUGUAGAAGUAGACUUCUCUACAGUACAGCUCCCCGCCCCCAUCAGGGUGUCAGGAGUGGAGGUACACCCAGCACUGCCUGACCAGGAUUACCUACCCGUCUCAGGACGCCUCAUAUUCCCACCCUUUUCGAAGGAACUACAGUACAUCAAUCUCACUCUGACACCGCUCCAGUCUCGGUCUAACCAGUACCCUAAACAGUUAUACUUGAGGCUGAGCAAACCAACCAAUGGCUCACGACUACAUAAGGAUCUUUACCAGGCUGUGGUGAGAAUUGUGGACCAAACAGAGCUACCUAUUUGGGAAGCGGUGAAGAUUUCUGUGACGGGACCGCUAGAUAACGAGAGUAUGGUGGAGCUAUUGGAUAAGUUGGACCGUACAGUGUCUAAACAGAUGGGUGAAAAUGAAGGAAACCUUGUGGAUGCCAUUUUGAGAGAUGUGACUGACAAGGGAUUGGAGACCCAGUUUCCCGGUCCUUCCUUAAAGCCUGAGCUGUUUGACAUUUUCUGUAAGCUGCUGGACCCGAGGAAGCAGGACAGUCGAAGGGGACAUUACUCUUACACCAAACUGUUGGAGAAGUUUGCCUAUGGUUUAGUGACUGACCAGCCCUGUCCCUACCCUAGCCCACCAGCCCUGGUGACAUACCAGUGUCAGAAUGUGAAGAUCUCCGCAGGCAGGUGGGGCCAAACUAAUCUGACAGGCUUCUUCUACAGAGCUCAAUUCGGUGACAACUUUGUGGUACCAGCCAGUAUCAGUGGAAUGUCUGCACUAGCCAGUCAACAGGGUUGUCAUGAUUUCCACUUGAUAGAGUACAACUCUGAGGAAUGGUUUUACGAGGAGAGUCAGACAGAGCCACAGCUUCUCAACAGCAGGGUGGUGUCAUUUGGAAUCAAGGGGCGUGACUCUAGCUUCUCAGACACGCCAGCCACGUACCGUAUCCACACCCCAAGCCGAGCCAUAGCACCCAGGCAAUCACAGUGUGUUUACUUUGAUGAGAGUAGUCAGACAUGGACAGGUGCGGGGGACAUCUGUCAGGUGACAAAUAACUUUGAUCUGACAGUGGAUGACUACGUGGACUGUUCCUGUCAACAUCUUACCAGUUACGCCGUCAAGGCGCGAGUCUCCGACACCACAGGCUACAUCGUCUGGUUCUACGUGGCCUGUUUCAUAUGUAUUAUCUGUAUGGCUGUUACCAUUAUUAACCACCAUGUGUUUGCCAUCCUGCCCAGAUUUUCCGUGUGUCUUCUCAUGCACAUGUGCUUUGCUUGUAUGGCAACCCAGAUAUGUUACGUGAUAGCGGCGUUCUUCAGCCCCACAGACAUCCUGGUAUCCAGCUUGGACCAGGACAAUGGUCGCUGUAUCGCCAUGGGGCUUUUUUUGCACUACUUUUUCUUGGCUCAGUUCACGUGGAUCUUGACUCAGUCUGUGAACUUCUGGAAAAUCCUGGUGAUGAAUGAUGAGCACACAGACAGGAAGUAUGCUGCUUUCUUCCUGCUGGGCUGGGCCACUCCUGCUGUCAUGGUGGCUGUAUUUUACAUCAUCGUCUACAAUGUGUACAAGUAUGUCUACAGUAUGCCAUUUGACUUCAUCUACGGAGAUGUGGGAAACACUGGAGACAUCUGUUUCAUCACAAAUGCAUUGGCGGGUAUGGGAGGGGUGAUCCUGCCCUGUAUACUCCUGCUACUUGCCGUUUGUGUGGUGUUUGUACAGGCCUAUCAGCUCACCCCACAAUGGAAGGCCUACGAUGACAUCUACAAGGGCAGGCACAAUGCCAAAGAGGUGCGGAUCCUGCUGGGCUUUUGGGGGAUCAUAGUAUUCACCUGGCUGUGGGGAGGUUUACACCUAGCCUACCGCCACCUGUGGAUGCUCAUCCUCUUCUGUAUCUUCAACAUCACACAGGGCCUGUAUGCUCUGAUCGUGUACACCAUUCUGCGGCAUCCCUGCCUGCCCUGUGCGGGACCCCAGAAGGCCAGCUACACCUUCAGCGGAGCGCCCCAGGAGGAUAGCACCCACCCCUACCACUCACAACCAGUCUCCCCAAAGUCCAAGGGCUCCAGAGCAUCUCUGCUCAAUGAGAGCUGGGAGAGAGCAUCUGUCACACCAAGCGCACAGAUGAAAGUGAGGAGAACUCUUCCUUCCAAUGGCAACAUUUACGUGACCCCGCCCGUGUUGUUACAUCAGCCACGGGACCCUGAUGCACAGGACUUUGACGAUCUCCUGUUUGCCCUUAAGACUGGUGGCCCAUUCACGCCCAGUGAUAUUUCUAAAAACCCAGACUAUGAUAAUGUGUCGGAAGUGUCCAGUAAAGCUGGAAAUUACCAGAUGAGGCGGAUUUCUAUAGCAGACACCCAUUUGUAACAUACAGUGAUCACGGCCUUUGUAUGUUACAUCUGUUACCAUGACAACAUUUACACGUAUAUCAGUGUCUAAGCUGUAUUUUUACAAUUAUGAUGCAGUCAUUGUGAACAUAAUUUGAAUAUCAGUCAUCUUCCUUGAUUUGCUUGAAUGUGUUGGAUUUUCUACAUGCACAUUCACGGUUUUACAUUUUUCAUGUCCAUAUACAUGUAAGGUAUCUUUUUAAAAAUUGUUAUAUACUUUAGUCCUGUAUAUAAGGCCUUAGAGCCGUUUUGUAAUUGUCGCAUUCUUUCAUUCUACAUAAUAGCAUUUGAUCUCAGCCAGAUAUGUCACCUCAUUAUAUCCAUCCUACCAUUUUUGUUUCCAAAAAGACCAAAGAUUCAAACGAAUAAUUUUGUAUAUUUUAUCUUUAAAAUAUCCAGCCUCAAUUUCAUCAGUUAACAAUGUGCCAUCUUUCAAAAAAUAAUUCCUUUUAGCAUUUGUUGAAGGUUUUGUCUAAAUACAAAUCAAAACAGUGUCUUCAUGGAGGCUUUGUACACAUACAUUAGGCCUAAAUCUCUGCUUUGACCAAAAGCCACCACCUUCACCUGGCAAUCCAUUAUUUAUUUAAAAGAAUAGAUUUACUACUUAUUCACAUCGGACAAGUUUACAGAUGUUAACUAAACUUCAUCACAUGAAUAAAACAGGAGAAAUGAUACCUCUAA